UCCAGUUACAACACAGGGAUCACAGCAAACACAGCCGCCACAGAAGCACUAUGGCAUUACCUCUCCUAUCAGCUUAGCAGCCCCCAAGGAGACCGACUGCCUGCUUACACAGAAACUAAUUGAGACUCUGAAGCCCUAUGGGGUUUUUGAAGAAGAAGAGGAACUGCAGCGCAGGAUUUUAAUUUUGGGAAAAUUAAAUAACCUGGUAAAAGAGUGGAUACGAGAAAUCAGUGAAAGCAAGAAUCUUCCACAAUCUGUAAUUGAAAAUGUUGGAGGAAAAAUUUUUACAUUUGGAUCUUACAGAUUAGGAGUACACACAAAAGGUGCCGAUAUUGAUGCGUUGUGUGUUGCACCAAGGCAUGUUGAUCGAAGUGACUUUUUCACCUCAUUCUAUGAUAAAUUGAAAUUACAGGAAGAAGUAAAAGAUUUACGAAUUGAUAUUUUAUUUGCAAGAUUAGCACUGCAGACUAUUCCAGAAGACUUGGAUUUACGAGAUGACAGUCUGCUUAAAAAUCUAGAUAUAAGAUGCAUAAGAAGUCUUAACGGUUGCAGGGUAACCGAUGAAAUUUUACACCUAGUACCAAACAUUGACAACUUCAGGUUAACUCUGAGAGCUAUCAAACUGUGGGCCAAACGCCACAACAUCUAUUCCAAUAUAUUAGGUUUCCUCGGUGGUGUUUCCUGGGCUAUGCUAGUAGCAAGAACUUGCCAGCUUUACCCAAAUGCAAUAGCAUCAACUCUUGUACAUAAAUUUUUCUUGGUAUUUUCUAAAUGGGAAUGGCCAAAUCCAGUGCUAUUGAAACAGCCUGAAGAAUGCAAUCUUAAUUUGCCUGUAUGGGACCCAAGGGUAAACCCCAGUGAUAGGUACCAUCUUAUGCCUAUAAUUACACCAGCAUACCCACAACAGAACUCCACGUACAAUGUGUCCGUUUCAACACGGAUGGUCAUGGUUGAGGAGUUUAAACAAGGUCUUGCUAUCACAGAUGAAAUUUUGCUGAGUAAGGGAGAGUGGUCCAAACUUUUUGAAGCUCCAAACUUCUUUCAAAAGUACAAGCAUUAUAUUGUACUUCUAGCAAGUGCACCAACAGAAAAACAACGCCUAGAAUGGGUGGGGUUGGUGGAAUCGAAAAUCCGAAUCUUGGUUGGAAGUUUGGAGAAGAAUGAAUUUAUUACACUGGCUCAUGUGAAUCCCCAGUCAUUUCCAGCACCCAAAGAGAAUCCUGACAAGGAAGAAUUUCGCACAAUGUGGGUGAUUGGAUUAGUGUUUAAAAAAACUGAAAACUCUGAAAAUCUCAGUGUUGAUCUCACCUAUGAUAUUCAGUCCUUCACAGAUACAGUUUAUAGGCAAGCAAUAAACAGCAAGAUGUUUGAGGUGGACAUGAAAAUUGCUGCAAUGCAUGUAAAAAGAAAGCAACUCCAUGAACUACUACCUAAUCAUGUGCUUCAGAAAAAGAAAAAGCAUUCAACAGAAGGUGUCAGGUUGACACCUCUGAAUGAGAACAGCCUCGACUUGUCUAUGGACAGUGAUAACAGCAUGUCUGUGCCUUCACCUACCAGUGCUAUGAAGACCAGUCCGUUGAACAGUUCUGGCAGCUCUCAGGGCAGAAACAGUCCUGCUCCAGCUGUGACAGCAGCAUCUGUGACCAACGUCCAGGCCGGCGACGUUCCUGCUCCACAAGCGGAUUCCAGUGAAAGCUCAGGGGGCAAGGGAAUUGGUUUGACAGGUACAUCGAGCGAAAGCAUUCCUCAAACUGCCACACAGCCAGCCAUUUCAUCACCACCAAAGCCUGCGGUCUCCAGAGUGGUUUCUGCAACACGCCUGGUCAACCCACCACCACGACCUUCAGGAAAUGCAGCAACAAAAAUACCUAAUUCCACUGGAGGCAUCAAGAGGAGAUCCUCACCUCACAGAGAAGAAAGUCCCAAGAAAACCAAAACGGAAGAGGAUGAAACAAGUGAAGAUGCUAACUGUCCUGCUUUGAGUGCACAUGAUAAAACAGAAACAAAGGAACAAGCUGAUACAGAGACAAGUACAACUCAAUCAGAAACUGUUCAGACGGCGGCUUCUCUGUUGGCUUCUCAGAAAACAUCCAGUACAGACCUUUCUGAUAUCCCUGCUCUCCCUGCAAAUCCUAUUCCUGUUAUCAAGAAUUCAAUAAAACUGAGAUUGAAUCGGUAAAAACAACCUCAGGGGUCCAUAAACAAUAUCUGCCAACUCAACCUGUUGUCUUCAAAUGCUAAGAAAGGAGACUGGAGGGUACAAGACUAGACAUGGCUGAACAUGGAUAUAGGUUUGUGUGACCUCCCUUACUGGGCUAAUCAGCACUUGAUCGGAAGUCCAGGUUAGUAUGUGAAGCCAGGAGUACUAUUAUUACUGUGUUAGCAACAGUUGCAUUAAUAUUUUAAAAAAUUACUGCCUUUAAAAAAAAAAAGCAAAAAAAAAAAAAAAAAAAAAAGUACAA